AUGGUGACACGUGUGCUGUUAGUGCUGAUGCUAUCAACUGUGUGUGUGGUCGGACAAUUUAAUUCAUGCCCUCAUGGCUGUGAGUGUUCCCAAUGGAAAGCCUUCUCUGUCUCAUGCAUGGACAUAGACGUUAUUCCCAUAUUUCCCGCAAUGACUGAAGUAUUAAGCAUCUAUGAGACAAGCCUCACCACAGUUCCCCAAGAUGCCUUUGCUAAUAUGGUCAAUAUUUCAAGAAUCUAUUUGUCUGUGGAUAUCUCUCUGAGCAGGUUAGAAAAGCAUUCCUUCUACAACCUGAGGAAGAUCACUCAUAUAGAAAUAAGGAACACAAGAAAUCUGACAUUCAUCCAUCCAGAGGCUUUUAAGAAUCUCCCUAAUUUACAGUAUUUAGGCUUAUUCAACAUGGCCCUCACCAUCUUUCCUGACCUGACCAACAUCCAGUCUGAUGUCUCGUUCUUUCUACUAGAAAUUAGUGAUAAUCCCUACAUUGCUGAAAUUCCAGUUAACGCUUUCCUCGGCAUUACCAAUGACAUGCUGACCGUGAGGCUAUACAGUAACGGCUUUAAGAAAAUCCAACAUCAUGCUUUCAACGGGACAAUGCUGGACUCAGUGUACCUGCACAGAAAUAAGCAACUGACAGUUCUGGAUGAGAGAAUGUUUGCUGGGAGCAGCAGCGGGCCAAUGCUCCUUGAUGUUUCAGAAUCAGCUAUCACCUCCCUCCCAACCAGAGGCUUAGAGCCACUUCGGGAACUCUGUGCUCGGAACGUCUGGGCAUUAAAAAAACUACCACCAAUCAAGACCUUCAGACAUCUGAUAACAGCAGACCUGACCUACUCCAGCCACUGCUGCGCAUUCAAGAACUUGAAGAAAAAACGAGGGUACUUGGAGGACAUAAUUUGUAACUUGACUGCCAAGUAUAAUCAACAUCAUAAGAGCUCUGUGGGUACUUUGAAAAUUCCUGGCAGCAUGGAACCUGGAAUCAACUCUGGUGAUACUCUCUUCAGAGACACCUAUGACCACCAGGACUUUUAUAGCAACCUGUAUUACCACACCUACUCUGGUGGGCACCCAGAGGAUGAUGUGGGUUUCGGGGAGACGCUGAAGAACCCCCAGGAAGACACCAGCCAUGAGUUUGACAGUCGCUAUGACUAUAUUGUAUGUGAGGAAGGAGAGGAGGUGGCCUGUUUUCCUGCCCCAGACGAGUUCAACCCUUGCGAGGACAUCAUGGGUUUCAGCUUUCUGAGAGUGUCAGUGUGGUUUGUUAGCUUGUUGGCUGUGUUGGGAAACCUGAUUGUACUGUUGGUGCUGCUAACCAGCCACUACAAACUGUCUGUCUCACGGUUUUUAAUGUGCCACCUGGCCUUUGCUGACCUGUGCAUGGGCAUUUACCUGCUGCUCAUUGCUUCCGUGGACCUGCACACACGUUCAGAAUAUUACAAUCAUGCAAUCAAUUGGCAGACAGGUCCAGGAUGCAACCUCGCUGGGUUCUUCUCCGUGUUUGCUAGUGAGUUAUCGGUCUACACACUGACCACUAUUACUCUGGAGCGCUGGUAUGCAAUCAACUUUGCCAUGCGGCUGGACCGUAAGUUGCGCCUAUCCCAUGCCUCCGUUAUCAUGUUGGUGGGCUGGAUCUUCUGCCUAAUACUGGCCCUCAUGCCUCUUGUUGGGGUGAGCAGCUACCAGAAGGUCAGCAUUUGUUUGCCCAUGGACACCCAGACACUUGUGGACCAGAUCUACAUCCUCUUUGUACUUGUUCUCAACAUUCUGGCUUUUGUAGUCAUCUGUGCCUGUUAUUUCAAGAUCUAUUGCACAGUCCACAAUCCCAGCCAUCAGUCCACCAGCAAAGACACCUACAUUGCCAAGCGGAUGGCUGUGCUCAUCUUCACGGACUUCCUCUGCAUGGCACCAAUAUCAUUGUAUGCCAUGACCGCUGCAUUGGACCACCCGCUCAUCACUGUAUCCAACUCCAAGAUCCUUUUAGUGCUCUUUUACCCGCUGAACUCCUGCGCCAACCCUUUUCUCUACGCUAUCUUCACCAAGGCCUUCCAAGGAGACGUAUUCAUUCUGCUCAGCAAGGUGGGGCUCUGUCAACGACAGGCCCAGCUAUUCCGCGGUCAGACGGUAUCCUCUAGCAGCAGAGGAAACACCAGGCGUGAGAGGGAGCAAACGGGGGCAAAGGAAGCUCCUAUGUCCCUACUGGAUUUCCCAGGCAAUCCACCAGUCACCCAACAGCAGGUGGACAGUGAUGGGCAGGACACUUGA